AUGAUCAAUAACCCGCAAGGACUCGCCCAGGAAGCGCCCACCCGGCUAUCCGCAACAGGAACCGCAACAAGUCCACUCCCACUCGCUCAAGCUCAAGCUCGCCCACGAGGCCCCGAAAUAGGUACUGUCACGAGUCGGAGGGAUGGAUCGACCGAUGUUGGUGGUUGUUUGUUCCCGUGGAGUACUGAUGCCAUCGCAAAGGCAGGCCUCUUCUGGAUGGUCACAGACCUUCCCGACCAGGAAUUUCCGUCUGGCGCCAUCCCAAUGACCACGGCAUGCGAGCUUCCCUUACCCCUCCAGGAGCGAUAA